UUCACCCUUAAAAACGCACUAACUGUGUGUGUUCCCACCACCGGUCGCCGCCUGCUAGUGGCCGCCUCAGCCGUAUCUUCACUUCCAGGAACCUUCCUGAUUCACUGAUCCGGCAUAUAACUCCUUCUAGUACACGCAUCUCCACUUCAAUCAGUUUCUGAUCUUCAACUUACAACCCUUUCUUCUCUAAUUCUCUCUGCACCGUGUCCCUUAAAGCAACCAGUUGGAGGUUUUACUUAGAAACUUCUCUUAAGGCUGGUCGUUUUUUUGUAGUGUGUAUGAAGGGUUGGGUUCUGCAUACUGGUAAUUCCGGUGCCUUCAUGCUUGUUGAGGCUCAGUUUUCUAAUAUUUUGUCAGUGAGAUUAAAGGGUGUAUGGUGAUGGAGCCACGACAAAAUGAAUUCUCUGAUCAUAUUAAUGGUUUCACGUUGUAUGAUGAGGAUAUCUUACCCAUCUUUGAUCAGAAUCCAGGCCUUGCCAAUGAAUACAAAUUCAAAGAUGAACAUUUAGAUCUCAGCUUCUUGGAGCAUCCUUACACUGCACCAGAUCCUAACCCUGGUUCUUUAAGUGUUUCCCCGGGCAUGCUUGCACAAGUGGAAUCUCCUGAUGAGUUCAAUGAUUAUGUGUUUAAGUUUAUAGACCAGAUUCUUGUGGAAGAGGAUGAUGAGGACAUACAGAGUAUGUUUUGUGACCCUUUGGAUCUACAAGCCACUGAGCGAUCAUUGUAUCAAGUCCUUGGUGAAGCAUACCCCUCAUCUUCUCAACCACCUCUUACAUUAAGCCCAAAUGUUGAAAACACAGAAGAUAAUGUUUUUGGGAGUUCUGGUGAGUAUAGUACAAACAGCAGCACAAGUAAUAGCAACUCCACUCAUCCUGAUUGGCCUGGUAGUUAUACUUUUGAUUCCUUACCGCCAUUUACUAAAACUCAGUCCCUUGAGAACCCCCCGUUGUGGUCAUUUGGCUCCACCACUAGUGAUGUCGGUGGCACAAUGGAUGAAAUGCUAAGCACACAGAUUGCGCAGAAUAUAUUCACUGAUAGUGAGUCUAUCAAGCAAUUCAACAAAGGGAUGGAGGAAGCUAGUAAAUUCCUGCCUUCUAGUAAACCUCUGGUCAUUGAUUUGGAUGAUUAUGACUUGCCUUCAGAUUCAAGAGAUGCUCCUCCCGAGGUUGUAGUGAAGGAGGAGAAGGUUGAGAAAGAAAAGCCAUCGAAUGGGGUUAGGGGAAGGAAGCAUUAUCAGUUGGAGGACAAUGAUUAUCCGGAAGAAAGAAGUAGCAAGCAGUCUGCUGUUUAUGUGGAAGAGGAUGAAUUGUCCGAGAUGUUUGAUAGAGUCCUUCUUGGUGCUGAUGCUAAUGGCAAACCCAUUGCUUGUUGUAAAGAACCUCCUAUUCUCGUAGACAACAAAUCACAGAAAAAUGGACUAGUGGUUGGCUCUAAUAACGGCCGGAAUGCUCAUCCUCAAAGAAAAAAGACUAAUGAAGCUGUCGAUAUUAGCACCCUGUUACUCAGCUGUGCGCAAUCAGUUGCUGUUGGUGAUCGCAGGACUGCAAACGAGCAACUGAACCAGAUAAGACAGCAUGCUUCUACUUCUGGCGAUGCUUCACAGAGGUUAGCUCAUGUAUUUGCUAUUGGUAUCGAAGCUCGCUUGGCUGGCACUGGUUCUCAGCUCUAUGCAGCUAAAAGUGCAUUCCGGAUCUCGGCUGCUGAGAAGCUGCAAGCAUAUCAGGUGUAUCUUUCAGCCUGCCCUUUCAAGAAGAUCGCCAUGUUCUUUGCUAACAAAAUGAUAUAUGAAGCAUCUUCAAAUUCGUCAACUCUUCAUAUAGUUGACUUUGGUAUUGCUUAUGGAUUUCAAUGGCCCAUCCUGAUUAAGCAUCUUUCAGAGAGACCCGGUGGGGCCCCUAAGUUGAGGAUUACUGGAAUAGAGUUCCCCCAACCUGGGUUUAGGCCGGCUGAGCGGUUAGAGGAGACAGGGCGUCGUUUAGCCAAUUAUUGUGAGCGGUUCAAUGUUUCAUUCGAGUAUAAUGCCAUAGCAAGUCAAAAUUGGGAUACAAUUAAAAUUGACGACCUAAAGCUCCAGAGAAAUGAGUUUUUAGCGGUGAACACUUUGAUCCGAUUCAAGAACUUGCUUGACGAGACGGUUGUGGUAGAGAGUCCAAGAGAUAAGGUUCUGAAGCUGAUUAGGGAUAUGAAGCCAGAUAUAUUUGUUCAUGGAGUCGUUAACGGAAGUUAUAGUGCUCCAUUCUUUGUGACUCGUUUCAGGGAGACCCUUUUUCACUACUCUGCUUUGUUUGAUAUGUUUGAUGCUACUAUAGAGCGUGAGAAUGAGCACAGAUUGAAUUUCGAGAAGGAGUUUUACGGGCGUGAAGCUAUGAACGUGAUAGCGUGUGAAGGUGCUGAUCGGGUGGAGAGGCCUGAAACGUACAAGCAAUGGCAGGUUCGAAUAUCGAGGGCUGGAUUCAAGAUGAAACCGUUGAACCAGGAGAUAGUAUCGAAAUUGAGAUGUAAAGUGAGGGGAGGGUAUCAUAAAGAUUUCGUAUUUGAUGAAGAUGGGAAAUGGAUAUUACAGGGAUGGAAGGGACGGAUUCUGUAUGCGAGUUCAUGUUGGGUACCAGCAUACCACCACCGCCACCAGCCAACACCGCCACCAACGAUGAACACCCUCCUCCAGCUUCAGUGCUCAACCCCAGUUAAUAAUAUGCUGAAAACAGUUUUAUCUCCCAAACACCGACGACAACUCGAAACCCCACAAACAAAUCAGCUGGUGUACAUCCAAAACCCGCCGGAGAAGAAAGGAUGGUGUUCUUGUGGCUGCACCGAGUGCAAUGACCCGACGGUUCCACACGACUACUUUGAGGCUGUUCUUGAUUACAUUAACGACAUGCUCAUGGGGGAAGAAGAUGAUUUGAUGAACAAAUCAUCCAUGUACCAUGAUUGUUCUGCUCUCCAAGCAACAGAGAAAUCGUUCUACGAUGUUCUUGCCCAAAAGAAACCCAUCUUUCCUUCCACCAUUGAAGCUUUAGAUCUCAAUUUCCCUUCCACCAUUGGAGUUGUUUCUUCGAGGGGAAAGAAGAACCGUCAAGCGCCGGAAUGUGGUGGUUACGAGCAACACCGGAGUAACAAGCACUUGGCUGGUGGUUGGCCGGAGGAAGAACAGAUGGAGACGAAGGAGAUUGUGACCAUGAUCGACAAGCUCUUGCUUUGUCCUGGUUCGAACCAUGUUGGAUUGCACGACGAGCUUGCUUGUUGCCCUUUUGAUAGGCCGGUGAGUCCCUUAAUCACCGGAAAACAGAGAAGAAAGAGGUCGGAUGCCACCAAGGAGAUUGUCGACUUGAAGAGUCUACUCACUCAAUGUGCACAAGCCGUUUCGUCAAACAACAAACUCGGGGUCGAAAGGAUUCUUAAGAAGAUUAGAAACCAUUCUUCUCCUCGUGGAGAUUCCGAGGAGCGGUUGGCACAUUACUUUGCCGACGCGCUUGACGCCCGUUAUGCCGGCACUGGAAUGGAUCUUUACUCGAAUCUAGCCUUGAGUAAGAUCAUGGCUUCAGAUAUUGUUAAAGCUUAUCAGGUUUACGUCUCAACUUGUCCUUUCAAGAAAAUGUCUAAUAUCUAUGCUAAUAAAAUGAUUGGAAACCUGGCGAGGGGUUCGCCAAGGCUUCACAUCAUUGAUUUUGGCAUUCUUUACGGAUUCCAAUGGCCCUGUCUCAUUCAGGGCCUCUCAGCAAGGCUUGGUGGGACACCAAGGCUUAGGAUUACAGGAAUUGACUUUCCUCAGCCAGGUUUUCGUCCGGCUGAAAGAGUGGAAGAGACAGGACGUCGCCUGGCUGAUUACUGCAAAAGAUUCAACGUCCCAUUUGAGUAUCAUGCAAUAGCAAGACAAUGGGACGAUAUUAAACUUGAGGAUCUCAAAAUCAAUGAGGAUGAGAUCCUCGUGGUUAAUUGCUUAUACCGAUUAAGGAAUGUUCCAGAUGAAACCGUACUUGGAGCCAUCGAUUGUCCACGAGAGUCGGUUCUGAAGUUGAUCAAGAUGAUCAAGCCAAACCUAUUCCUCCAUGGAGUCGUGAAUGGGAACUACAAUGCCCCCUUCUUCCUGACGAGAUUCCGUGAGGCAUACUUCAACUUCUCAGUGUUAUUCAACAUGUUCGAGGCGGCAAUGAACCGGGAAGACGAGGAGCGGUUGUUGUUUGAGAAGGAGGUGAUCGGGCGCGAAGUGAUCAAUGUGAUAGCGUGCGAAGGAACACGGCGUAUUGAACGACCGGAGACGUACAAGCAGUGGCAAGCGAGGAACGAGAGGGCGGGAUUCACACCGGUGCCGAUGAACGGGGAGAUAAUGAAGGAGGUGAGGGCCAAGGUGAAAAUAGGGUUUCAUAGGGAUUUCAUGGUGGAUGAUGAUGGUCAUUGGAUGGUGCAAGGGUGGAAGGGGAGGGUCAUCUAUGCUAUUUCCUCAUGGAAGAUUGCAUGAUAUUUACACUCAUCUUCAAAAUGAUAACGAGAUACAUCUUAAUUUUA